GUAAGGAAUUGUGGGACGGCACUAUCUCCUUUCCUUUCGUAAAGGACGGUCCAGUGCGCCCUAUGCCAAAGGAGAUAAGAUAGGAAGCAUUGAAGCACCUUUCCUUAGCAUUUAGAGAAUUCGAACAGCUCUUAUCAUGGCUGCCACUUAGAUACUUCCGGGUCAUUACACUCAGUUAGGAACCUUUCUAAGCGAAAAAGACCAUUCGGACGCAGCCUAUGUUCGAGCCGAUUCAAAUGUUAAGCUCGACGGAAGUGACGACAAUAACAAACGACAACGUUACAGGGCGGGCUAUAUUCGCCUGAUUUACAUUCAUGGCUUCAUUAAAUAAUGCAUUUUGUAUACUUUUCUAUAUGUGACAAAUAUGCAAGGAAUGGACGCGAAUUUCAAAGGGCUGAAAGCAGACCGUCUGUGUUGGUAAAUAAAUACAUUGGCUGGGGACAGGAUCCUGUUGAGCUCCAGUGUUAGCAGUAGGACAAGCUUCAUUCUGAGCCAGGAAGCCUCACUGACGAUCAGAGGAGCUGUAAAUCUGAGGCACAGAGACCGUGGGAAUUACAGCACCAGUCAACACUCCAGACAUGUCUCUUCAGGCUGCAGCACACACCAUGGCUACAUACCAUCCUGCAUGAAAAGCCACUAGGACUAUGACAACGUACACUCUGGAUCAUUUUAAGAUGGAGUCUUUUAACUCAGCUGGAGAGCACUCUUUAUCCUCUUUGAAAUCAGUCAGAAUCACCGAUGGGAACAGCAGAAUCAGAUGGAGGAGCACUAAAAAUGAAAACAUUAACCUUCUCAACACUGCAGACUCACACUUUGAAACUUCUCUAAAGUCUGUCCAAACUAAAACUGAGACCGAUGAACCUGACCAUGUUAAUCAGGAGCAGAAUGUGCACACUACUGUUAAAACUAAGCCUGAGAAACAUAUUCAAAUUCAUUCACAAGAAAUCACCAGACACAAUGGAAAUCUUGGAAAUUCAACAAGAAACACACUGCAGACUGAAUUGGUGAGUGGUUUUGCUGAAUUUCAAAAUGAAACAGACAAGGAACUGAAUGACUGUAGUGCUCUUAGAAAGAGGUCAGGUCUGCAGAUUGAUGGAAUUUUGAGUGAGGGAUUAAACCCGAAGACUCGCUGUGAAAUUGACCUGGAUGAGAAACCUUUUAUCUGCAAAGACAGUGGGAAACAUUUACGAAGUUCUGAGGUCACAGAAAGACAGAAAGGCAUUCACACAGGAGAGAAGUCAUAUUCAUGCAGACUGUAUUCUUGCCCAGACUGUGGAAAGAUCUUCAGGAAAUCUGGAAAUCUCAAAAGACAUCAGCUGAUUCACCAGCGAACCCACCCAAAAGUAAACACAGGGCAGGAGCCAUAUUCCUGCUCAGACUGUGGAAAAAGUUUCUGCCAUUUGGGAAAUUUAAAACAGCAUCUGCUAACUCACACGGAUGAGUCAUACUCUUGCACAGUGUGUGGGAAAAUCUUCUUUCGCUUAGGGACCUUAGAACGACAUCAGUUGCUUCACACAGGUGAGAGACUAUACACCUGCAGUGAGUGUGGGAAGAGCUUCACGCACUUGGGAAGCUUACACACUCACCAGAGAAUUCACAAAGGAGGAAAAACAUAUAUAUGUACAGAAUGUGGACAGAGGUUCUAUCGGUUAGGAAGUUUUAAAGAACAUCAGCGAAUUCACACAGUUGAGAAAGAAUACACCUGCAUUAUUUGUGGUGAUAUUUUUAAUCACUUGGGGCACUUUAAACAGCAUGAGCAAGUUCACACCAAAGAAACAUUACUCAUGCCCUGAAUUUAUCCUUGAUCUAUAGAUGCUUUUGGUGAAUUAUGUUCUAUUGAACGACAGCAUUGUAACUAGCCUAAUAAAUAGAACAUAUGGUGAAACAC